UAAGUUUUGCGAGGUUGGGUUUUUUUUUUUCCUUUUUUUUUUCUGAGUGUUGUAUGUGGCAAAAAAAGAGAAAAGUUACUGUCGAGCCAAAUAAUUCAGGCGCUCCGCAGGAAGGAGGCGGGAGAAGAGAAGGAAAAAGUUGCUUUUGUUGCUAGCGAGCUUUUGCUGUCUUGAUGUGACUACGGGCAAGCGACUGCACAGAGGGCCGGCGUGCGAGUACCGGCAGCGCGGCUUCCCGCCUCCUCACGCCGGCAGGCUUGCGAGCGGCCCGCGGCUCCGAGUCCCGCGGCUCGGGCUCCGCCGCUCCACUCCCUCCGCCCGCAGCGGCGUGUCAGCGUCCGUGCCGCUCUGCCCGUCCCGGGCCCACCCGGGGUGCGCGGGGGCGGCUCCCGGCGGUCCCCUCCGCCGGUUGCCAUGGUGCCGCGGCCCGGCGUGCUGUGGGCAGUGGCGGCGGCAGCGGCACUGGCGCUGCUGGUACGGCGGGCGGCGGCGGCGCUGGCGGGGCCGGUGGUCCGCUGUGAGCCUUGCGACGCGCGGGCGCAGCAGCAGUGCAAGCCCCUGCAGCCUGACUGCACCGAACGGGUACGGGAGCCGGGCUGCGGCUGCUGCCUCACCUGCGCCCUGGGCCCGGGGCAGCCCUGCGGCAUCUACACGGAGCGCUGCGGCGCGGGGCUCAGCUGUCAGCCGUGGCGGGAAGAGGCGCGGCCGCUGCAGGCGCUGCUCGAGGGCCGCGGACUCUGCAACAACGCUACGGCGGGAAGCAAGCUGCGGGCCUUCCUGCUGCCGGGACCGCAUGCUGCAGGAAAUUUCAGCGCUUCAGAGGAAGACAGUAGUACCAGCAGCAUUGAAAAUCAGGCCAUUCCAAACUCUCACAGGGUGCCAGAUUCCAAGUCACAUCCACCACACAUCAAAGUAGAUAUCAUCAGGAAAGUGCAAGCUAAAGAUACACAACGCUAUAAAGUUGAGUAUGAUUCGCAGAGGACGGAUACAUUGAAUUUCUCUUCUGAAUCCAAACAAGGGACUGAAUAUGGUCCAUGUCGUAGAGAAAUGGAAGACACUUUAAACCACCUAAAGAUACUGAAUGUCUUGAGUCCCAGGGGCUUUCAUAUUCCAAAUUGUGACAAGAAGGGAUUUUACAAGAAAAAGCAAUGUCGCCCAUCUAAAGGCCGAAAAAGAGGUUAUUGCUGGUGUGUGGAUAAAUAUGGCCAGCCACUUCCUGGGUAUGAUGGAAAGGGAAAUGGAGAUGUCCACUGCUAUAACUUGGAAAGCAAAUGAGGGCUGGGUGCCAGCUCUUCUGGCAUCUGUGCAUGGCCACUGGACCUCACAGAGACCUUGGAGGGGCUGGGCAAACACUGUGGGACUGCACUGUGUGUGGAGUAACAAUCUCUGCCUCCUGCAGCAGAUGGGGAGUUGCAGCUUCUGUGGAUGUUACUGCAACUGCACCCUGCCACCGACACACAUCAAGCUUCCUAUGGAUGUGUAGGGAGCUCUGAAUUCCCAUGUAAACCUGCACUAUUGAUACCCAGGGAGAGAAAAACAAAAGGCACUUCAGAAUGGAAUCAGGGAGUCUCCACUGACUUUUUAAAGAAUUGCCUGUGACCAAUUUGAUCCCAAAAGAUUUUGGCUUUUUUAUUUUAAAGAAUUUAUAAACAUUAAGCUUGUAAAAGUAUUGAAAAGAAAAACAAAACCAAAAAACCUGCAAGGAUUUAAAGGUAAAGCUUUUUUUACAUGUCUGAUGGGAAACUUGUCUUCACGGGUAAAAAGUUUUAUAAAAAUCUCAAAGAACUUUUAAAAGAAAUGUAUUUUUAAGAUAAAGACAUGGCUAUUUUUUUCUGUAAAAUAUAUUAUAAAUAUUCUGUUAGUCCGUAUUUAAUAUAAUUUUUUAAAAUAAACUUUAUUUAAAUGUAACGUGAAUACCAAAUAUUACACAGUAAUUCUUAUGUAUACAUGUGUAUGCAAAGAGAAAGUAAGGUUAUGGAAUGAUUUACAAAUAUGUUUAAGUCUCUGUGCAUAUACACUGACCCGUUCCAGGUAAAAGAAAUGAUUUUUUGGAGCAAAGGAAGUGUUUCAAGAAGGGAUUGAGUUUUAUUGUUUGAUAUAACUACAAAUGCCAAGAUAAUAUUUUAUUUAAAUUAUUUUAUUGAUAAUUCUAAUGUACCCAUCACUGAAUUAUGCCACUGGAAAGGAUAGCAAUUGUACUGAAGCUCUUGGUAAAGCUUUCACCUGUCUGUACAUUGCUUCAAUUUGUGCAACAGGGCUUACAUUUCUUCCAUUUACUGCUCACACUAAUAUAGAAUAUUCAUUGACAAAAAAUUGCCAUUACAGUACUCCUCUUUGUAUUUGUUUAUUUAUUGUGAAAAGGUGUAUCUAUUCUGUGUUGUCUUGGUACAUUCUACCAAAGCACUUACUCUGUAUGAGGAACUCCUGUUGAAAACAAUGUCAACAAGAUGGGGGGAUUUUGGACCCUGGGUGUUGAGACCCAUGGGUUUCAUUUAUGUGACACACAAUUGUUGCUUGCUUUGACUAUGGUAGAAAUCAUUUGCCUGCAUCUAAGCAUAGAAAAAGAAUCAUUGGGUUUUAAUAGUUAAAUUCACAAUGUGCCAUGGUGUUAUAUGUGUUUUUAUUGGAAGAGAUUUGGUUUUGUUGUGGUAUAUGAUGCUUUCAUCAUGUAAGGAAGACUUUGGCAACAUUUUUUUUUUGAGGCUGAUUCUUUAAUGUACUUUGUGAAAAAUUCUGUAUGACAAUGAAAUUUGGAUAAGGAAAGGUGGCCUGUGAAAUGUAUCAUCUCUCUGGAAAAUAAUGCUAUAUUUUGUAUAUGUAUUUAUUUAUAUAUUUUAGAUAAAUAUUUUAUAUAUUUAUAUAAAUAUAUAUUCUUAUAUGUCUCACUGUAAAUGUUUGAUGUCACUUUGAUGUAGAAAAAAGAAGCCAUCAACACUGUAAUUUCUUGUUGGGUUGGGAACUUCAUGAAGACUAUGGACAUUGGGUUUUCACCUGCUGGGGCUAGGCACUGUGUUGAUGGAGGAGAGGCUGUGGUGCUGAGGAGCCCAUUCCUCUCCCACUGCAUGAAUUACAACCAUCCUUGUUCCUGCCAGCAAAUUUCUGUCUAAUGAAAUGAGUUCAUAUCAUUAAAACUGAAAUUUUAUAAUCUCAUGGUAAGAAAAAAGUUGUACAUGAAAUUAUGUUUACUCCAGGUGAAUACAGGUUUCCUGACACAUGGUUACAGAAAGCUUUGUGAGAUGAAGAUUUAUUGCAAUAUUUUUAUUGCUAAAGCAGAUCUAAUGCCUGCAAAGAUAUGUUGGCAAAAUAAUAAAUGCUGGGCUUUUAUUUAUUUUUUUAAAGAGUUUUAAACCAGUUCUUUUCAAAUAAUGUCACAGAGAGAGAAAAAAGUUGUAUAUACACCAAUAUUUGGGCAUAUAAUCAUAGAUAAGAAAAUAAGGGUUUGAUUCAUUGAAGUGAGUUAUUAUUUUGCCUCUAUUUUUUAAAAUAACUAUAUGGUGAGCCUUCUGAAAACAAAAAUCAGUUUCUUGUCAAAAGUGAUAGAUGUUUUGCAAGGCACAUUUUGCAAGUAUGUAUGGUGUUUUAACAGCCUGUGAUAGGCUUGAUGAUUCGGGUAUUUUGUCAAGUAUUUUAAUUUUUUAUGUUUUAUCCUACAAUUAAAAACAAAUAAAUAUAGAAGAAACUGGCUAGUAGAGGUCAUUAAGCCAUGUAUUAUGAAAAAACCCCAAACAAGCUAGAUCUCAAGGAGUUAAAAAAAAAAAAAAAAGUGUGUAAAUCGGUUUUAUUUUGCUUCCAACAGACGUCUUUAAAAGAGAAAUAGUGUUUAAUAACAGCCCUAAAAAUAAAGUCUCACCUGUCACUCAAAGCUGCAUCCUUUUUAGAAGUUGCCUUUUAAAUAUUUUUUAAAACCACAGUUCCUUGCACUAGUAGGAUAUUUGCCAUUGUCAAUCUGACACUGGUAUGAAAUGCAAAAUAACAUUAUUAUCUGUCUCCAAAAAGAUAGCUUUUUUAAAUGAAAUAAUCAAUGGUGGCUUUUUUUUUUUUUUUUUUUUUUUCUUUUCUUUUAGCAUUCCUAUUUCUGUGAAGAAAAAGGUCCAAUUCAAUAGACAAGAGUACUUGUCAUUCAAAGAUUUUUCUCAUGGCUAGGAAUGUAUGGGUCGAUAUCAGUUCAGAGGAAGACUAAAUACCUCCAGGUACAAAGCUGUAGUGAGUGGAAAUUAAACCAAUGCAUUAGAAAAAUCCCUUAUGUCUUGGUGCCUUCACUGUCUUCAGCUUCAGGAUUUUUUAAGUGAACACCAAUUUUUUUCUAGUUUUUAAUAAGGUCUUUCAAGAAACUAAGGUGGUCUGAGAUAAUAUUAAGAAGCUUCAGGAAAAAAAAUUAUAACUUACAACAUUAUUUGCACCUCAAUUAUUUGCAUGGCAAGGCAUUAUAAAAUAUCAAAAUAUGUAUUGCAAAACUUGCUGAUUUCUUCUUGAGCAUGUUUUAUCUCUAGACAGUACAUGGGUACCAUAUGUAGCCCAGAUUAAUGUUGUAAGUAUUUAUUUUAGCAAAUAUGAUAAAUAGCUGCAUAAAUCCCUAUAAUUGACCAGAAUACAAAGCUGCCUGCAGAUGGCUCUAUUAUCUUAUAAACUCUGAGAAAGUUCCCUUUUUAAAUAGAUCUACUGUGCUAUAGUUUUUGUAGCCCAGAAUAUCCUUUUCCAUCUCUUUGACUGCCUUUCAGGGCAUAGUGUUAGCUAUUUGUGUACGAAAGAAGGAGGCUUCAAUUAAUACCAAAACCACGGUACUAAUUAAUUUUUAAUACAAUUAAUUUUUGACUAAAUUCCAUAGAAAUAUUACACAGCAUAAUUCCUUAUUGAACUGAGCCCUAAAUUUAAGUAGCGUUUUUUCAAGCUAUUUGGGAAAUCAUCUUUGUAUAUCUUUAGUCACUCUAAAACUGUGUAAGCAAAGAUGGCUCCAUAGAGAUUUCACAUAUUAGCAAUAGGAAUUUUAUUUAAAGUAUGAAAAGUACUGAGCAAUUUUCCUGGAUAUGAAAGCAUAUUAGUAUACAAAAUGAAAUGUUUAUGAAGCUGUUUUCUCUAUGGUCCUGCUGUGCCUUUAGAAAUCCUUCAAUUUAUUAAUUUCUACCAGAAUAAUAUGCUUGCUUCCUCAUUACAAAGGACUCCUUUUUCUUUCUGAACUCUCACUUUUUUUUUUUUUUCUGAGAGAGCCAAAAAUAAGAUCCAAAAUGUAUAUAUCAGAAUAUUCCAAGGACAAGAAUUCUGUGAUCAGUAUCGGUAAUGGCUUCAUUUGCAAGCAUGAAAAAUAGGUUCAAGGCCUUUAAAAGAGAAGUCUUUUGGUACGUCCAGUGGACCUGGGUAUUUUGGAGUCUCCAUCCUUGGAGAUGCUCAAAAGCCAUCUGGACACAGUCCCAGGCAACCAUUCCCUGCUUGAACAGGGAGGGAUGCACCAGGUCACUUCCAGAGAUCCCUUCCAACCUCAACCAUCCUUUGAGCCUAUGGGCAUAUGAGCUUAUCAGUAACAGUUUGGUGUCCCAAGUUCCAGCAUGAUUGUUGACAUUAUGCAGUGUAUUGAUUGAGAAGAAGUUACAACAAUUUUGCCCAAAGGAAAAUUUUCUGGUAAAAUAGCAAGUAGUACAAAUUUGUUGUUCAUCAGAAGUUUUAGUUUUAAACCUCUUAAUUUUAUUUACUUCUUCCAGUUCAGAUUUUGCAGAAGUAGAAGCAUAUAUACCAGCCUUAGAGAAAAUCCCAUUGAAAAAAACUUCCUUUUUUCUUUUACCCCCUGUACAUAGGUAAAAAAAUGCAAAUUACUAAAAGGCAGAAUGUUACUGCUGAAAAAGGUAUUAGCAAAAGCAGAGAGUUAUGCUGCAAAUCUCAGUUUAUCCUUGCAGAAUUCAUGUCCUGCUGCUGUAUGCAUCCUGGCGUUCAACUUCUGACCUAUCCAAAUUCCUUAAGAGCCUUUCUCUGUCAAGGCUAAUUUUACCCCACUGCUCUCUUCAUGAGUGGGGAUGGAAAGAAAGGUAACAAAAUUAUCUCUGCAGAACAAAGCUGAGGUUUCAUGCAGCAAAAUUGCUUAAUCUGAAAAGCUCCUAAAAAAUGUCACUGAGAAGGACUGCUUCCCAUUGCCACUUGUAGUAAUGCCUUCCAAAAGUGGAAGGACUUGCUUACAAGAGCCAGGUUGAGAUUGCAUUUGCCUCACUCCUUGCAACUGGAGAGCACAGGCUAUUUUUGCCCGCUUAUGCCAUAUCAAGACUAUUCUAGGUGAAACUUGUUCCCAAUGUCUGCUAUGUAUCAUGUAAUUUGCACUCAAUAAAAAAGACCUAACUGA